UACUGAGCACUUCCUGAUAGAGGGGUUGAGCCCGUGAUUGGGUCAUGUAAGUCGGUCGUCGGUGUUCGUGUAACAACUCAAACAAAAGGUCUCAGCAGUUGCUUUUUUACUGCUAGGCAGCAUCGACAUCUGUUUUCUGCUGGUGUGCACUUGACAAAGCGACAUGGACUACUGGAGUGCCUUGGAAGUGUAUAAGGAGAUGUUGCUGCUGCACUGUCAGGAGGCAAAGAAUUACGUCAACUCCCAGUGUGCGGAUCUGGAGCCAUGGCAGAUCAUUGCGGCCACACUGCUGCUCACCCUUGGGACAGUGUGGGCCAAGGGCUUCCUCUUUCAGCAGGAGAGUCUGACGUCUCGAAUCAAGAAGCAGUGCUUUCGACUCAUCAGAAAAAUUCCAUUUAUUGGCACGUCAAUCCAGAAACAGCUGAACAAAGCUCUGGAUGACAUGUCGAUGAGUCUGUGCACGCUGAAGGAGGGAAUGAGCUACACUAAGCUCCUGCCAGCACAUGGCCUCUCCCAGAAACAAGUCCUGGACAGCAUCAGGCAGUACCAGACACUGAAUGAAGUGCAGUGGACCAAAGGCAAAGUGUCAGGGGCAGUCUACUGGGGGGAUGAAAAGCUCACAGAACUCCUAGUGAAGGUGUAUGGUGACUUUGCCUGGAGCAAUCCCCUCCAUCCAGACAUUUUCCCUGGGGUGAGAAAGAUGGAAGCAGAGGUGGUGCGGAUGGCAUGUUCACUUUUCAAUGGCGGGCCAGACUCCUGUGGCACAGUCACCUCUGGUGGAACUGAAAGCAUUUUGAUGGCCUGUAAAGCAUACAGAGAUUUGGCUUACGAGCGAGGAAUCAAGCAUCCAGAGAUAAUUGCACCAGUGAGUGUCCAUGCUGCGUUUGACAAAGCAGCACAUUAUUUUGGAAUGAAACUCAUUCAUGUACCUUUGGAUAAGAAGACCAUGAAAGUUGAUGUGAAGGCAAUGAAGAGAGCCAUCUCUAAGAACACAGCCAUGCUGGUGUGUUCUGCUCCUCAGUUCCCUCAUGGAAUCAUAGAUCCCAUUGUAGAAGUGGGGAAGUUGGCAGAAAAAUACAACAUCCCUUUCCAUGUGGAUGCGUGCUUGGGUGGGUUCCUCAUAGUGUUUAUGGAAAAGGCUGGAUUCAAACUUGAGCCAUUUGACUUCCGGAUCAAGAGCGUGACCAGCAUUUCCGCAGACACGCACAAGUAUGGCUAUGCUCCAAAAGGCUCCUCAGUGGUGCUCUACAGGGAUAAGAAGUAUCGCCACUACCAGUACUUUGUGGCACCUGAUUGGCAGGGGGGGAUUUAUGCAUCUCCCUCGAUGGCUGGUUCUCGGCCCGGUGGCAUCAUCGCCGCUUGCUGGGCCACCAUGAUGCACAUGGGAGAGAAUGGCUAUGUUGAUGCCACCAGGAAGGUUGUUCAGACUGCUCGCACCAUUGCAGCAGGAGUCCGUAAAAUAGAAGGAGUGUUUGUGUUUGGUAACCCUGAGGUGUCAGUGGUGGCCAUAGGCUCCAAUGUCUUUGAUAUCUUCCGUUUAUCCAAUGCACUCACAUCAAAGGGCUGGAACCUCAACACUCUUCAGUUCCCCUCUAGCAUCCAUAUUUGUGUAACUAUGCUGCACACAAAGCCUGGUGUGGCUGAGCAUUUUAUCAAUGAUGUGAAAGAAGAAGUAGCCAUUAUCAUGAGGAAUCCACAGGAGAAGACCACUGGGAUGGGAGCAAUCUAUGGCAUGGCACAAUCCAUCCCUGACCGGUCAAUGGUGACGGAGAUAUCAUGCGGUUUCCUGGACUGCCUCUACAGCACUGAAGUCUCCAAGGUCCAGAACAACCACCACACCAGCAAGAAGAACCACAUGAAUGGGAGCUCCAAAACGCACUGAGUCUGGAUUGGCUGCUAGGGUAUCUGCCUGCAGCUUGCCAGUGGGUCCCUCAUCACAUUUGUCUCCAGUUAUUCACUAACUUUUCUGUCCCACAUUUCAGUCACCCAUUUACUCAUAUUUCAUCCGAGCACAAGCCAUAGUUCUCCAUGCAGUUUGGGCAUUUUGGCUGUCCUGGAGUUUGAUGAUUUACUGUAGGUACCAUGGUAUCAGCGUCAGUACAGAAGGUUCAGGGACAUCUUCCUCUGUUAGUUGGGUGAAGUGUGUUUAUGUCUUUUUAAUAUUUGUGGUAUCAGUUUACUAACGGUUCUCCUUUUGUAGUUCAUAUUACUCUUACCGUCCAGUUGGAAACAACAGCUCCAAACUAACUCUCAGGUUAUCAUUGAGGGAGCAUUUUAUUGAGAAUUAAACAUUUUACUCUUAAUUACAAACUAAUGUCCUGCUGGGCCUGAGUUCGGCAGACUCCCUCAAAACGUUUCACUUCUUUUUUCAAGGUACUGUCAUCACAGUGGCUUCAUGCAAAAAAAAGUCUUUUUAAAAAUCUUUUAAAGUGAGAACCCAGAGUCCAUUUUGGAACUGUGUUCUGAUACUGAUCAUAAUCAAAUAACUGUUUGUACAUUUUCAUUAAUGUUAAUUUAACAUUAUAAUGGACCAAGCAGCAUAGUAUAGCUUCUUUUACUAAAUAUUUCCAGCAUUAUACCAUUGUCUAAUGAAACUUGAAAAGCACAAAAAUUGCUAGUAUCAUAGCACUGCUCAGGUGAACCUGUAUUAAAAUAUAUAUUUUUUACCCACAGAGAUUGCAAUAGGCUAAAAAUAAUCCUCUCUGAAUAAAUAGAAGAGAAUGGCAUUCUUACAUAUACUAGAAAACUAACAAUCUUACAAGAUCUUACAACUUUUUUUUUUUUAAAUAGCCACCAGAUUCUUCAUCUAAAUUUGCCUGAACUGAAAUUACUGAGUUCUAAAUAGUUGACUGAAACAAUCACUGUUUCCUUCCUGUCUACCUCAGAUGUUGUUCCAACGAUUCUACAUUUUAAACUUUGAGGGCUUCUUCUUUUUUUCCCUCUUAGUUGUUGGACUGAGUGUCUUCCUCCCGUGGAUCAGUGAUUGGAUAUAAUGACCAGUUUCUCUCUUGGCCUUACACAAAAUAGUAAUACUUGGGAGUUCUUUGCAGAGGAGACAACAGAUUGUUCUACUAAAGUGUUUCAAAAAUGUUUGUUUAUUUUGCAAAUUCUUAGUCCAGGAAGAUGGUUAAGCAACAGGUAAAUGCCUUGCCUAAUGUUCCUGAAGAAGGGAAAGCAGUUCUUGGAUGAACAGGGAGAUGAUGAGAUAAUGACGUGAUGACACGGUACCAUUUAAUCAUGACUGCAAACCUCAUCGGCUGUUUAAUUUCUUAGGCAUUCAUAAUGUCUCUGACCACUGUGUGCGUUUUUACAUUACACAUCAUUAAUGUAGUGUCUCAUAUUUCAAUAAUGUAAUUAUAAUUUUUAACAUUCUUGUGUUUUUUAAAUGUUAUUACAGGGCUAUAACUGUGUGGGCAUGAAACUGUAUGUGUUGGACACUUGGGGACACCAUUCGUAGCACGAUACCACUAAAGUAGCAUCAUAAUAUUGAAUGUUUGCCUUAGGUUAAGCUAUUGA